AUGCGCCGGGAGAACAACUGCGUGGAGGAGAAGGCGCUAGCCAAGGGGGACGGGGGCGCGGAGUGCGCCAUGCGAGCCCGCAAGAGGAAAGCUGAUGUGGCUACGUUCUUGCAGGAUCCUGAUGAAGUUGCCAAUAUGGAGCUGACUAGAAAAAAGCACUGUGAAAAACAGCCAUCCUGGAAUAGUGUUCCCAAAAAUGCCCAUAUAUUGAUUCCUACUCCGGAUAAAGAUGAAGAUCCAGUUGGUGUUGAUUAUUUUCACUUUAUAUAUCUAAGUGUUGUUCCAACUAGAGCUUCACCAUUACCAGUUCUAGGCUGGGCAAACAGAGAUGAUGUAUGGAAAAACAUGAUAAACAAAGAGGAGACAUAUGUGAGGGAUAAACUUUAUAUGCAAAGGCACCCUAUCCUGCAACCUAAAAUGAGAACAAUUCUUCUAGACUGGCUAAUGGAGGUUUGUGAAGUGUACAAGCUUCAUAGAGAAACUUUUUAUUUAGCACAAGAUUUCUUUGAUUGGUUUAUGGCAACACAACAGAAUAUUGUAAAAACACUAUUGCAGCUUAUUGGUAUCUCUUCUUUAUUUAUAGCAGCAAAGCUUGAGGAAAUUUAUCCACCAAAGUUGCACCAGUUUGCCUAUGUUACAGAUGGAGCUUGUACAGAAGAUGAAAUCCUCAGUGUGGAAUUGAUCAUUAUGAAGGCUCUUAAUUGGAACUUAAAUCCAGUGACAGUUGUAUCAUGGCUGAACAUUUACAUGCAAGUUGCAUAUUUAAAUGAGCUUUAUGAGGUAUUGCUGCCACAAUAUCCACAGCAAAUAUUUGCACAAAUAGUGGAGCUCUUGGAUCUCUGUGUGCUGGAUAUUGGCUGUUUGGAAUAUACAUAUGGAGUACUUGCAGCUUCUGCUUUGUAUCUAUUCUCGUCAUCUGAGUUGAUGCAGAAAGUUUCAGGUUAUGAAUGGUGUGAGAUAGAGGAAUGUGUGAAAUGGAUGGUUCCGUUUGCGAUGGCUAUAAGGGAAGUAGGAAGCUACACACUCGAACACUUCAGAGGUAUAGCUCCUGAAGACUUGCACAAUAUACAGAUGCACAUAAACAGCUUGGAUUUGCUGGACAAAGCUCAAGCAAAACAAGCUCUAUUGGCUGAGCAAAAUAGGACUUCACCUUUCCCCACUGGUGUCCUUACACCACCACAAAGUAGUAAGAAACAGUCUUCUGGACUGAAACCAAUAUGA